CCCGUGGCGGCCAGCGCUUCCGGUCGGCAGGGGGCGGGGCCAGGCGGAAGCGGCGCUUGCUUCAGGUGGAGUGUAUUAGUUGUUGAGAAAAAGGGCGAGUUUAGGGCACGGUGGCAGCUUUGAGAUAAAGUCUGGUUCCUCCCCAGCUCGCUCAGGAAAUGUUCGCGGAUACAAUGGCGGCCCCCUCUGGGCAUACCUGCCUGUGGAGCGGACAGUGGACAGGGUGAGGGGGACCGGGAGAGGCACCAAAUCUGGCCUGGGGGCCCUGGAAGCUUCUUCUCGGGUGAGGUGGCGUGAGAGUCGAGGCCUGGAGGUCGGGGAGGGUUAGCUACCUGAAGAGGGGAUUAUACCGCGCUGCAGCGGCCUGCGGCAGAUGUCCGAGCUCUUCUGCAGGACUAGCGUGAAGGCAGCCAGGGCCUGAGGGAAAGGUGGCAGAGGUUUGCCACGACUUGGCAUUUGUGGGACUUUACACAUCGUAUUAAGCCUUUGAGCUUCAACUUGGGGUCAUCGGGAGCCAUUGAAGGUUUUUUGUUUGUUUUUUGAGACGGAGUUUUGCUCUUGUUGCCCAGGCUGGGGUGCAGUGGCGCUAUCUUGGCUCACUGCAACCUGUGUCUCCCGGGUUCGAGCGAUUCUUGUGCCUCACCUUCCCAAGCAGCUGGGAUUACAGGCGCCCGUCACGACGCCCGGCUAAUUUUUGUGUUUUUAGUAGAGACUGGGUUUCACUCUGUUGCCCAGGCUGGUCUCCAACUCCUGACCUCAGGUGAUCCGCCCGCCUCGGCCUCCCAAAGUGCUGGGAUUACAGGCGUGAGCCACCGCUCCCGGCUUUUUUUUUUAAAGUAGAGACGGGCAGCGGGGUGGGGGGUGGGGGGGGGGAAAAUCUCAUUAUGUUGCCCAGGCUGGUCUCGAACCCUGGCCUCAAGAGAUCCUCCCGCCUUGGCCUCCCAAAGCGCUGAGAUUACAGGCGUGAGCCACCACGCCUGGAGUAAGAUUUUGUUUUUAAAGGCCUAAUUACAGUGAAAAUAGAUGAGGCCAGGACCCCCAUUAGGAGGCUAUUACAUAAUCUAGAUGAAAAUGAGAGCGGCUGGAAUUAGGAAGUGGAGCGAAAAGAAUGGAGAAAUAUCGAGCAUAGUCAAGACCCAAUUGUUAACGAUUUGCGGGUUUCUGGCCUUAACAUCUGAGUAGUGUGCGUCCAGUCACUGAAAUAAUGAACACAGGAGAAGUGUAAAGGAAUCGGUUUGCAGGGCAAACGAUAUGUUUUUUUAAAAGAUAAAAUAUCAUAAAAUGCACACUUGAAGUGUACAUUCAGUGGUUUUCAGUACGUUCACGGGAUUUGCAGCCAUCGCCGCUAAUUCCAAAACGUUUUAAAACCCCAAAUCGAACCUGCCGUACCCAUUAGUAGUCACUCCGCAAUUCCCCCGACCCCAUCCCCUGGCAAUCACUAAUCGGCUUUCUGUCUCUGUGGUUUUGCGUAUUCUGUACAUUUUAUGUAAAUGGAAUGAUGUGAUACUUGGCUUUUUCUGCUGGGCUUUUCUUAAGCAUGUUUUCAAGAUUUCAUCCACGUAGCAUGAAUCAGUACUUCAUGCCUUUUCAUGGCUGCAUAAUCACGUGUUUGGAUAGACCAUGUUUUGUUUAUCCAUUUAUCAGGUGAUGGGCAUAUGGAUGAUUUUACUUUUUGGCUGUUAGAAAUAAUGCUGCUAUGAACAUUCGUGUUCAUAACACAAGUUUUUGUGUUCUAGGAGUGGAAUUACUGGGUAAGACUACAUUGAAUUCUGAAUGUUGAGCUUCAAGACCUUCCAAGAGGUUUUCCUUGAUGAAGGAUUUAGGAGGUGUUUACUUGCUCUUUGGCUUGGAAAUAUACAGUCUCACCGUGUCGCCCAGGCUAGACUUGAACUCCUGGGCUCAAGUGAUCCCCCUGCUUCAGCCUCCCACGUAGCUGGGACUACACCUAUGUGCUACUGUACCUGGCUUGGCGUCGGUUUUUAAUAAAAUUUUUUCCAUGUAGAGCUUUACAGUUUUUUGUAGUCAGAUGACUUUUCUUUUAUGCACAUACCUUCUUCCAGUGUUUGACUCACCUUUACAUUCUCUUAAUGAUGCCUUGUAAUGAACAAAGAUUCUUCAAAGCUAGAGGCAUCACAUUACCUGACUUGAAAUUAUACUACAAGGCCUCUUUUGGGAGAGUGAGGGGAAAGUAUAGCUUGAGAGCUUGAGACCAGCCUCAGCAACAUAGUAAGACUCCGUCUCUAAUGUACCUGCCCCCCACAUCCCCCCCAAAAAAAUUAGCUGGGCAUAAUGGUUCACACCUGUGGUCCUAGCUACUCAUGCAGUAACUAAAACAGCGUGGUACUUGCACAUAUUUUUGUACCACAGAUCAGUGGGACAGAAUAGAGAACCCAGAAGUAAUGCCACUUGCCUACAACCAACUGAUCUUCAAUAAAGUUGACAAAUAUGCAGUGGGGGAAGGACACCCUAUUCAAUAAAUAGUUCUAGGAAAAUUGGCUAACCAUAUAUAGAAAAAUGAAGCUGUACCUCUCUCACCGCAUACAAAAAUUAAAGUGGAUUAAAGACUUAAACAUAAGACCUGAAACUCUGAAGACCUUAGAAGAAAACCUAGGAAAAACUCUUCUGGAUAUUAGCCUAAGCAAAGAAUAUAUGACUAAGACCUCAAAAGCAAAUGCAACAAGAAGAAAAAUAGGCAAAUGGGACUUAAUUAAAUGAAAAAACUUCUGCACAGCAAAAGAAAUAACAGAGUAAAUAGACAACCUAUAGAAUGGGAGAAAAUAUUUGCAAAUUAAGUCUCUGGCAAAGAACUAAUACUUAGUAUCUCCAAGGGUCUCAACAAGAAAAAAAAAACCCAUUAGUAAGUGAGCAAAGGCUGGGCGUGGUGGCUAACACCUGUAAUCCCAGCACUUUGGGAUGCUGAGGCAGGAGGAUCACUUGAGGCCAGGAAUUAGAAAGUAGGCAAAGGACAAGAACACAUACUUCUCAAGACAUACAAGUGGCAAACAAACAUGAAAAAGUGCUCAACAUCAGUGAUCAUCAGAGAAAUGCAAAUCAAAACCACAGUGAGAUACCAUCGUAGACUGGUUGGAAUGGCUGUUAUUAAAAAGUCAAAAAACAACAGAUGUUCGCAUGGAUGCACAGAAAAGGGAAUGCUUAUAUGCUAUUGAUGGGACUGUAAAUUAGUAUAACCUCUAUAUAGAAAACAGUUUGGAGGCCAGGUGCAGUGGCUCACUACCUGUAAUCCCAGCACUCUGGGAGGCCAAGGCAGGCGGAUCACUUGAGGUUAGGAGUGCAAGACCAGCCUGGCCAACAUGGUGAAACCCCGUCUCUACUAAAAAUAUAAAAAUCAGCUGAGCGUGGUAGUGCACGUCUGUAAUCCCAGGAAGCUGAGGAAGGAGAAUCGCUUGAACCCGGGAGGCAGAGAUUUCAGUGACGCUAGACUGCGCCACUGCAUUCCAGCCUGGGUGACAGAGCGAGACUCCGUCUCAAAAAAGAGACUGAGUCUCCCUAUGUUGCCCAUGCUGGUCUGAAACUCCUAGCCUCAAGUGAUCCUCCCAUGUUGGCCAAGUGCUGAGAUUACAGCCCUCUUUAUCACUGUGACCACAAUGUGAAUGGGCACAGCAAGACAGCAAAGGCUUGCUGAGUGAGUGGCACAGCGCCAUCCUGGGUAGCGGCCUCCCCAGCAAGUUGCAUGUCACUAGCUUCCUGUGGCUGUCAUUGCUGGGCCCAGGCACCUCCGAAGAUCAGCGCCUCCUCAUGGGCUCAAGCGAGGACAGGAGCCCGUCACCCAUGAGCUCACAAGGGCAGAGGCGCUGUCCUGUCUCGACGGCUCCACCGUGACUCCAGUGCACUUUGGACAGUGGGGAGCAGGCCCAACAGGGCCACUCAGGUGUGGUCACUCUGGCUUUGGGCGGAUCAGGACCAAGCUAGACUCAUCCCCAGCCCCCAGGUGCUGUUGCUGCUCCUGCCUGAGGCCCCGUCCACAGCUGCAGCUGUGGUGGGGUAGCUAGUGGUGGCCAGCAUGGCCCUGCUGCAGCUCCACGCUGGGGGGGGGGGCGUGGCCCCGAUGAGCAGCCACCCCUCCAUGUGGGCCACAGGGGAGGAGCCUAGGAAGCCGCCCUGGCAAGGUCCUGCAGGCUCUGCUUCUGGUGUGGAAGAGCUCACGGCAAAGCACUCCUGCCCAGGACCCGAGGAGCCGGCCACUGUUCAGAAGUCCCCAGCUUGAAGGCCUGGAGAACCGCCCAGCAGCACAACACAGGCAAGCUUGCGGAGCAAAAGAAGAAAAUUGUCAUCAAAGGAUAUUCCAGAUUCUUGACAGCAUUCUCAUCACCUCUGAGGACAUCACCAUCGUCUCAGGAUGAGGGGCAUGAGGCUGCUGGGGGCGGUGCUGGCACUGGCGGCUCUACUGCAGGGGGCCGUGUCCCUGAAGAUUGCAGCCUUCAACAUCCAGACAUUUGGAGAGACCAAGAUGUCCAAUGCCACCCUCGUCAGCUACAUUGUGCAGAUCCUGAGCCGCUAUGACAUCGCCCUGGUCCAGGAGGUCAGAGACAGCCACCUGACUGCCGUGGGGAAGCUGCUGGACAACCUCAAUCAGGAUGCACCAGACACCUAUCACUACGUGGUCAGUGAGCCACUGGGACGGAACAGCUAUAAGGAACGCUACCUGUUUGUGUACAGGCCUGACCAGGUGUCUGUGGUGGACAGCUACUACUAUGAUGAUGGCUGCGAGCCCUGCGGGAACGACACCUUCAGCCGAGAGCCAGCCAUUGUCAGGUUCUCCCAGGUCACAGAGGUCAGGGAGUUUGCCAUUGUUCCCCUGCAUGCGGCCCCGGAGGACGCAGUAGCUGAGAUCGAUGCUCUCUAUGACGUCUACCUGGAUGUCCAAGAGAAAUGGGGCUUGGAGGACAUCAUGUUGAUGGGUGACUUCAAUGCGGGCUGCAGCUAUGUGAGACCUUCCCAGUGGUCAUCCAUCCGCCUGCGGACGAGCCCCACCUUCCAGUGGCUGAUCCCUGACACCGCCGACACCACAGCUACAUCCACACACUGCGCCUAUGACAGGAUCGUAGUUGCAGGGAUGCUGCUCCAAGGCGCCGUUGUUCCCGACUCGGCUCUUCCCUUUAACUUCCAGGCUGCCUAUGGCCUGAGUGACCAACUGGCCCAAGCCAUCAGUGACCACUAUCCAGUGGAGGUGAUGCUGAAGUGAGCAGCCCCUCCAGACACCAGUUGAGCUGCAGGAAGAGAGGACCCAUCCUGCCGCAGGACCCAGAAAAAAGCCCAACACUCAGGUUAAGAAAUACCUUUUAAUUUAGGUAAAUAAAGCUCAAGGAGGUGGGGCUGUCAUCUGUGGUGUCAGUCCUUCUGGCCCCUGGCUGUCAGUGUCGCUCCAGGGCCUUGACAAGCAGCUCAUUCAAGCGGCCCACCAUGGCCCUAGGGUCGUCAACAAGCCCAGCAGCAAUCAUGGCGUUCUCGUAUAUCUGAAAGGCAAGAGGAGAAACCCAUUAUGAGGGGGCGUGGGGCACCUUUUCAUUUUUUUUGAGACAGAAUCUCCCUGUUGCCCAGGCUGGAGUGCAGAGGCACGAUCUCGGCUCACAGCAACCUCAGGUGACCCCCCUGCCUCCCAAAGUGCUGGGAUUAUAGGCGUGAGCCACCAUGCCUGGCCAUUUUUCCCUUUUUAAAACAGAAUUUGGCUGGGCACGGUGACUCACGAGGUCAGGAGAUUGAGACCAUCCUGGCCAACAUGGUGAAAACCCCAUCUCUACUAAAAUACAAAACAAUUAGCCAGGUGCAGUGGCACAUGCCUGUAGUCCCAGCUACUCAGGGGAAUUGCUUGAACCCGGGAGGCAGAGGUUGCAGUGAGCCAAGAUCGUGCCACUGCACUCCAGCCUGGCAACAGAGCAACACUCCAUCUCAAAAAAAAAAAAAAAAAAGCAGGAUCUUAGAGGAAACUGCUGUUCCACCCUGAAGGCAGGCUCGCAGGGCUGGUAGCCUGGGUCCAUGCAGUCAUCCUAAGCUGCUGCACUCACCUGAUCCACCAGCAGCUGGGCCAGGCCAGGCUCGCUUGCCCGCAGCUGAUUCAGCUUCUUGAUGAGUGCGUGCCUGCAACACAGAACCCACCAGAAAAAGCAGCUCAGUACCACGUGCUGUGACCAUCAGGAUAUUUAAAGAAGCACAGUAAGACUGUCUGUAGUUUUUUAAAGGUAUGUAAAUGAUCAUUUAUAGACAAUAUGAUUACAUACCCAGAAAACCCAAGAGAAUCAGGAGUGUCAGUAUUAGAAAAUGCUGUAAGGAAGCCAAGCUCCAAGAUAAAUAUACACUAAAGGGACAAAAGGAGCUUAGUACGUGAAGACAUGCCUUGGUUCCUAGAUAAAAAAAGAGAAGGGAGGAAGGACCCACACGUUGAAACAUAUUAUAGGGCUCUAGUAAAUAAAACAGUUUAGGUCUGGAAAGGGGGAAGGCAAACAACUCCAUGUAACGAGGGUGGACACUGAGUGUCUGAUGAGGACAGUAUUUCACAGAAGAGGGAGGAGACAGAUCACUCCAUCCAGCAGCACUGGGGUAACUGGGAGCCAUGCAGACAACCAUUUAGACCAGAGUAAAUUCCAGAGGGAUCAAAGAUGACAAGCACAAUUCUAGGGAAGAAAUGUUUCAUAAUCUCAGGAGUGGAAAGCCUUUCCAAGCAAAACUACAAACCCAGAAGCCAAAAAGUAAAGAAUGAUUGACAUUUGACUUCAGAACACUAUUUUUCUGCAUAGGAAAAAGCAUCAUGUGGUAUUUAACCUUAACAUUUUUCACUUAAGAGAAGUCUGAUAAAACCUAGGGCUCUGGGGAACUGUAAGUUUGUACAACCUCUCCAGAGGACAACUGGAGUUGGGAAAACCACAUGUGGAUGAUGUGCUGAGACUCAGCCAUUCCAUUUCCUAAACACUUACUUUAAACACUUUUUUUUUAGAUGGACUCUCACUCCUUCACCCAGGCUAGAGUGAAAUGGCAUGAUCUUGGCUCACUGCAGCCUCCUGGUUUCAAGAGAUUCUUUUGCCUCAGCCUCCCAAGUAACUGGGAUUACAGGCACCCACCACCACCCCCAGCUACUUUUUGUAUUUUUAGUGGAGAUGAGGUCUCGAACUCCUGACCUCAAGUGAUCCACCUGCCUAGACCUCCCAAAAUGUUGGGAUUACAGGCAUGAGACACCGCACCCAACCUAAAACAGGAAACACUUUAAAUGCACAUCCUCACAUUUCUAGUCUAUGUAGCUGGAAAAAAGGACAUUCUUAAUAUGCUAAUGUGGAGGUCACCUAGUUACCCUAAGGGAGAAAAGCAAGGCAAGGACCCACUGCACAGCAAGUUCCCCCUAGGAAGCCCACAGGUGCAGCUGCCCACAAGCGUACAUAAUCUCUGCAGAAAUACAAAGGCCCUAAUGCUGGUUGCACUGGGGACACAGGAGGAAAUUUUCCCCUGUAAACAGUUUUGAAUUCUGAACUAUGUGGACAGAACACCAAAUUUUAAAACAAAUAAAAGUGAAGCUGGCUGGGCACAGUAGCUCUCGCCUGUAAUCCCAGCACUUUGGGAGGCCAAGGCUGCAGUGAGCUCUGAUGGCACCAGUGGUACACUCCAGCCUAGGUGACAGAGCAAGACCCUGUCUCCAAAAGUGAAGUCCUUUGGCAAUAGACAGAAAAGAGCACUUCUGCAGCUAUCUUAGAAAACUAGUUUGGCACCAAAACUAGUUAAAAGUGACCAGGUGUCCACCUCACUGAGCUUCUCCAGCUGAGGCACAGGCAUUCUGCAUCCUGGCGCUGCUGUGCACUGACAGCCAUAAGUCAAGUCAGCUUUUCCCCAGGAGUGCCAUGGCUAGGAAAAUGCAUCUUCCUCGCCUCCAGUAUAAUAAUUAUUUUAAAAGUUGUUAAAUGACAAAAGAAAAAAAGUAGACAUGUACUAAAGAACAAAACAGAGCGCCUCUGCCCGGCCACCCAUCGUCUGGGAUGUGAGGAGCGCCUCUGCCUGGCCACCACCCUGUCUAGGAAGUGAGGAGCGUCUCUGUCCAGCUGCCCCGUCUGGGAUGUGGGGAGCGCCUCUGCCCGGCAGCCUUGUCUGGGAGGUCUACCACAGAGGCCAGAAGCAAUGUGGGGGCUGGACGUGGUGGCUCACGCCUGUAGUCCCAGUACUCUGAGAGGCCGAGGCGGGUUGAUCACUUGAGGCUAGGAGCUCGAGACCAGCCUGGCCAACAUGGCGAAACAUGAAAAGUACAACUGACAAACCAACCAUCCAACCAAGCGACAACAAAACAGGUGAACCCUGGAGUCAUACUCUAAUUUUUUCUAUUUUCCUCCCUUUCUGAUCCUUUAUCCCACUUUCUUUUUCUUCCUCUUCCUUCUUCUUCUUUGUCAAAUAGAGCAUUGAGUUAUUAUCAUUGAUCCGUACAAAGUCCCUCUCUCAUUUAUUUUCUUUAAUUAAUUCCCACCCCCCAUUUCUAUUCCCCGUCUGUCUUCCCAUGGGCAACCUUCCUAAUAUGUUUGAUAUGCAUCUUUUUGUUUGUAUGUACUUUUAGAAAAUGUUUAUUGUUUUGUGUGCAAAAAAAAAAAAAAAAAAGAGAUGAAGACCAUCCUGGCCAACAUGGUGAAACCCCAUCUCUACUAAAAAUACAAAAAUUAGCUGGGCAUGGUAGCUCGCACCUGUAAUCCAAGCUAUUCAGGAGGCUGAGGCAAGAGAAUUGCUUGAACCCGGGAGGUGGAGGUUGUAGUGAGCCAAGAUCUUGCCACUGCACUCCAGCCUGAGUGACAGAGCAAGACUCCAUCUCAAAAAAAGAAAAGAAAA